AUGACAGACACGAUGAUCGCGAAUCUCAAUGCAGAAACCUUGCGGGCUGUUAUCCGAUCGAUGCUUGCGGGGGACCAGGAAGGGCAGCUGGCCACCACAUUCCAGAAACACGUGCAAAGCUGCCUACGGCGAGACAUUGAUAUCAGAACCCCAACCGCUUCGUUCGACACCAAUGGCGCGAUAUCGUUCCACAAGACUAUCGAGAACCUCCGCAACAUGCGAAUGCGCAUCCUAGCACUCCUUGGAUGCGGCCUGGCAUUUGAAAGUCUCAAGAUUGUCGGGGAGAUAGUUCAACAAUCAGCACCACUCGCGCACCAUGUUGACUCGGCAGAAGACGAGGAUACUUUGCUAUCGACUCUAGCCGGGGUCGAUGCGGACCUGGUUCAAGCUCUAACGGCUAUACAAUCACAUCUCAUAUUGAAUGGGGCGAGAGACCAUCUGGCUAAGGCGCAAAUACGAGCGCUAGUGGAGCUAAAGCAGGGUUUGGAGGAGUGUCAAAGACAAAAUGAAGCUCAGGGCACAGAAUUCGUCUACGAGAGGGGAAUAGACAUGGUGGAGGGGAUUCUCACGAUGGUGAAACGGUGA